CAAACGACUGAACGCAGUGCAACAGAUCACCAAGAGUUAUUCGCAUAAACAGCAGAUAAUAAACCUAAUACAUAUAUAUGUGAUUAAAUUGAUUAUAUACGUAAAUAAAUAUUAAACCGUAAAUAAUUAAUACAAGAAUAUUACAGUGAGUGGGAAUCACCGAAAAAGUGGAAACAAGUUUCUGUUAUUAACUUUUUUUAUCCCUAUUUCCGUUUUUUUUUGCCAUAUACCGGGGCUCAAAACUGUUAUGAAGAAAAGAAUGAAACUUUUAUGAAAAAUAACGUAAAAAAAUUUAAACUACAACAAAUGUAAGAGGGCUAAAGAGAGCCAGUCUUUCUAGUACUCAUUUACGAUUUUUUUUUAAUUUAAUGUAUAUUUAUAAACCCAUAUUACUGCGGCGGGACUAGUAUAUGGCAAGCUAUCAAAAAUUUAAUAUACAGUACGAAUACACGCAGUAAAGUAAAGUGUAACAGCUAGACGGCGUCGUGCGAUAAUUGUGGACUCGCGCAGACACACAGUCAACAGACAGACGUCAGCUGAGUGAAAUUUCAGUGAUUUUCGCGCCAAAUCCAUUUGAAAAUGUAUUUUCGCUACUAAGCGUGUUUUUUGAGGCAUAAAAACAUUAGUGUUUAUGCGAUUGAAUUUUUGAAUCCGACGCAAGAACGACCGAACAUACAAAGAGUGCCGUUGAACGUGUGUUUUGCAGAAAGCGAAAGUAAAAUAAAUUAUAAGCGUGAACAAGUGCAAGUGGGUAAUACCGAGGUCCGUGGUCUACAUUGUGUACAGUUUGCUUCGACAAAUUGAAAAUGAAGGUCAGUACAUUGGAUAAAAUCUGCAGCUUUCUCGGUGAGCUCAUCGGCACGGGCCUCCUCGUCUUCCUCGGCUGUAUGGGUUGCGUGAAGAACAAUGCCUACGAGAAUAAUCACUUUCAAAUGACAUUCAAUUUCGGUUUGGUUGUCAUGGUGAUUAUACAAUGUUUCGGCUGCGUCUCUGGUGCACACUUAAAUCCGGCUGUGACCUUGGCUGCUUUAAUUUACGAAAUGAUUUCCCUACCAAUGGCUGCUAUCUACUUUGUCGGUCAAAUGUUGGGCGGUUUCAUUGGUUAUGGCCUGUUGAAGGCACUCAUACCGGAGAAUGCUGUCUCGUUGGACGGAGCUAGUCUGUGUGUGACCACGGUGCACAAGGAUAUCACCGUUUGGCAGGGUUGUGCCAUUGAAUUCAUCAUUACGGGUGUGUUGAUUUUCACCUGCUGCGGUGUAUGGGAUCCACGUAAUGCCAAAUUCCAUGACUCUGUGCCGAUUCGUUUCGGUUUGGCCAUCUCGUGUCUGGCUAUCACAGCGGGUCAAUUCACAGGCGCCAGCAUGAAUCCAGCCAGAUCCUUCGCACCCGCUCUAUGGAACACUGAAUUUGCAGGCCACUGGAUUUACUGGGUCGGUCCCAUGACAAGUGCCGCUAUUUGUGCGCUGGUCUAUAAGGUGAUCUUCCGCCGUGAAGUAGUCGAGGAGAAGGUCCACAAUAAACUGCGUGCCAUGGAGGAGGUGCCGCUGUCAUAAGUGGCGACGAGAUCACUCGAAAUACCAAAGAGCGAUUAGAAACAAAAAAGCAAACCAAUCGACAUCUUAACGAAUGUUACAGAACAAAAACAAUACGAACUUCUUGAGUGAUAAAUAUU